AAAAUAUUGAUGAAAAUUUGGACUUUUUGAGGAAUAACAGAUUUUUUAGAAAUAUAUAAAAAAGGAGUUCUCAACACAUAGUUACUGGUAACACACAUAUCUGACCAGUCAAAUAAUUUGAAGGUUGCAUUUAAAGUAUUUUCAAUAAUGAGCAUUAAAACUCUAGGCUAUCUAAACACAUUUGCAUGCAUACUGCAACCUUAUGUUGUGACCAUCUACGAAUGAAAUCAUGUUUGCUCCAGAUGUUGGCUCUGUAAUUAGCCGGUCACAAGAGUAUCAAAGCUUUCGCAGUACGGUACCACAGCAAAAGGUUGUUGUUGAUUGUGAUGGGGAAGAAGAUAAAGUAUGGGUGGUAUAUGAUGCAGGUCCAAAGACUGUUCGAUGUCCUAUAGUGUUUCUUCCACCAGCCAGUGGAACCGCAGAUGUGUUUUUCAAGCAAAUUUUAACUUUGUCAAGUAUAGGAUACCGUGUCAUGUCUAUAGAAUAUCCAGUGUAUUGGACAUAUCAAGAAUGGGUCGAAGGAUUUCGUCGUUUAUUGGAUCACUUUCGUCUGGACAAAGUUCAUAUUUUCGGUGCCUCGUUGGGCGGUUUCUUAGCUCAGAAAUUUGCUGAACAUACAGUAAAAAGUCCACGUAUACACUCAUUAGUAUUAUGCAACUCGUUCACCGACACUACUGUCUUUCAACAAACUAAUGCUGUUGGAUUUUACUGGCUCCUACCAGGAUUCUUGUUAAAAAAAAUGAUUAUGGAUAACCUUCAAAUCAACGAAGUCGACCCUGACGUUGCGGAUGCGAUUGACUUUAUGGUGGAAAGGCUUGACGGUCUUGGCCGUGCAGAGAUCGCUUCACGUUUGACGUUGAAUUGUCGAGAUUCGUACAUCGAGCCUCAAAAAUUGCAUGGCAUACCCAUUACUAUCCUCGAUGUGUUUGACGCAUGUGCAAUAUCCGAUCAAGUGAAGGAAGAAGUGUACAAAUGCUACCCAAACGCAAAACGCGCCCAUCUAAAAACGGGCGGGAAUUUUCCGUACUUAUGUCGAAGUGCUGAAGUCAAUUUACAUUUACAACUUCACUUGCGUCAGUUCAAUCACACGCGUUUCAGUGCAGUCGACCCGCGUUUUCUUCCCGACGAAAAGGAGGAAUUAAAAGCAGCAAGUGAGUUACCUGAGCAACCACGUGACGACGAGAUAAUCGGGCAAGAAGAAGACACUCAUCUUGACAAACAACAUCUCGAGACCCCCGGAGAAAGCGAAAGUUGAAUUUCCACACCAAUUUUUUUUUGUACUGAAUAAUAUUUUAAAAAUCUUUAAGAGUUAAAAAAUGAUCCUUUUUGAUAGUAACACGAGAUAGUGUUUUACUCGUUUUUGUAAUCAUUUUGUCAUCACACCUGUUGAAUGAUUUUAAAAAAAGAACAUAUUUUUUUAAAAACGCAAGUUUAAAACAAUGUUGCUGAAAGAGAGAGUGGUAGAAAGCUUGUUAAACCCUGAAAGUAAAGGCGUUUUAUGUAACGCAUGCGCAACAGAAUCCCCCUUCCAUUAUAAUGUAAAUAUGCGAAACAAUUUAUAAAGUAUUUCCGUUUAGUGACGUAAUUUUUUGUUUUGUUUUUCGUACUUGUUUUGUAAACUGUUUUUGGCGGGAAAAAAUUUGAUUCGUCUUGUUUA